UUAUUGUUACUGUUGUGUUAUCAGUAUUGCGAAUUCGGUCAGUGACAGUAAUUAGUGUUGGUGGGUGAAUAAUUUACUUAGAAAAUCAGAAUUAAGUGCUUUGACGUUGGAAUUUGCCUUUAAGAAAAUACCGACUGUUUUCACCACCAGUAUCAACUUACUUCAAGAUUGAUUUCUGUUAGUAUCCUGAAGUUUUGAAACUUUUCUGCUCCAGGAUAACCUCCUUGAUUUUUUGUUUACGUUAGUUCAAAUUUUAUGAUCGAAUUUUCACAACUUCAGCAUCAACUGGCUGGGUCUUUGCAAUGCCCAAACACCCAAGAAUAUCAUCUGAUUGUCUCGAGUCUUGCAAAUCCACUCAGCAUGGAAUUGAGAUAAUCAGCGCUAUUACUCAGCGAGGCAUCGCUGAUCAGCAACUCGCCGUAUACCUGUACAAUUUGUGUGCAGGCUUAAAACAGCAAACCAAUAAGGAAGGAUGCUCGGCGCUUCAUAUGUCAGCAUCCUGUGGCAGAGUGGAGUUAUGUCGGUGGCUUAUCAAAGUAAUACAAGCAGACAUCAACAAGCUGGACCUAGAGUCUGGAUUUACUCCACUCCAUAGGAGCAUUUUCUAUGGCAAGCUUAAUGUGGCUGUUGAAUUAAUUCAGCUUGGGGCAGACAUCUCUCUCGUCGAUAAAGAUGGAUUACUUCCAUUAGAUCAUGCUCUCUUGGAUCAAGAAGACUUGAGCCUCCCACCUUCUGACUUCUCUGUUUGGGGUAGCAAUAAUAAUUAUGUUUUGGGAAUGGGCUCGGAAACUAGUCGCUCUAAUCCAGUCGUUCACGAGUUUUUUCGCAAGCAAAGAAUUAUCAUCAAGAAAGUCUGUAUUGACAAAUUUCACUCAGUAUUUCUGAGCAAUGAUGGGAGGGUCUGGGCUGCUGGGCACGGUCUUGGAGGAAGACUCGGACUUAUCUCAGAGCAGACAGCCCUUGAACCCCAGCAGAUCAAAACACAGCCUGCGGAAGUCUUCAAAUCCAUCAGCAUUGGUCGAGACCAUACAGUUUUUCUUGCUGAGUCUGGUGCGGUUUAUGCAUGUGGUUUGAAUACCCACCACCAAUUGGGCAUCAUACCUCCACCACCGAAAUUAGUUGCGCCGCGUCGGAUAAAUUUAUCGAAAAACUAUACGAUUUUAGGAGUUGCAGCUGGCAGAUUUCAUUCUGUGUUCUGGAACAAGACUCUGAUAUUUGUAUGUGGUCUUCAUGCUGGACAACUGGGCCUUGAAUUCUCAGACCGCCUCACAAUUGAUGAUCCUGCACUGGUAAAAUCAAUUCCGCUGAAAUGUGGAUGUGAGAUCAGUCAUGUUGCAACAAGCACUGGAGCAACAAUUGUAGUCACAAAUCAGGGUGAAGUUUACGCACUCAGUGAUUACAAAGUCCAAAAAAUAUCAUCUAGGUUAAAUGAAAUCGUGGGGAACGUCCAAAAGAUCUCUAUUGUAGGUGGGCGUCUAGAUCCUACCCGUGCUCAGCUGAAGAUAAAAACAGACCAAAGCAAUGAAGAAUUAAAGCUUGCAAUUUUAGGGGAUAACUCAGUUUUUGUUUGGAGUGAAACUCGUCCCAAUUUUGCCAGGUGCCAGUUCUCAGUGAAAGUGUCAAUGAAAAUUGUCGAUAUCCAUUUCAACCUCGCUCAUUUGGCGUUAGUCUUUGACCUAGGAAUUGUUUAUUUGGCUUCUGUAAAACAUAAAGGAAAAGUUAAGAAAACUCCUGAAAAGAAGAAACUCCUCUCCUCUCGGCUCCAUCCAAAUGUUAAACUGGAUGGAACAAUUUUCCUCAAUUUGAAGAGGGUUCCAGGGCUUUACCGUGCAAUGAAUAUUGUCACUGAUCCUGAAGGGGAGAACUUUGCAGUGCUCCAGCGGAGUCCAAGAAGUGUCUCCAAAGACGUAGAUUUUAUUGUUCCUAUUGCGCAGUCGGAGUUUCCAGCUCUCAUGGCUGAUUUUCUUCGAGAAACAAAUGAAAUUGGCUCUCUACAUGACAUCGUUUUUGAGGUGGGUCAGCAACGUUUUCCAGCACAUAAAGUCAUCGCAGCAGCAGGUUCUAAAGAGCUGCAUAAGUUGAUCAAGUCUCUUCCCAGUAACGAGGACACUGUGCAUCUUUUAGACAUCGAGCCUACAAUUUUUGCUCAAAUUUUAGAAUAUAUGUACACCGGCUCUUGUAGUCUUCUAGUUCCUGGAAAGUGCUCAGAGAGGAUAAUGAGUGGCAUUAAUGUGGAAGGAAAAUUCAAUCCCAUUGUCCUUCUCGAAGAUACUGCUCGGAAACUGCAGGUUUCCGAACUAGUCAAGACACUAAAGUAUUAUAGGUUCAACAACGGAUUCAUUGUCAAAAAACCAGGUGAUAAAGCAAAGAAAAAAAUUGGUUACUGUUUGGAACCAAAUGAUUUCCGGCUGAUAUCAAAAAGCGGAUCUUGUGCCUUGGAGAAGUCUAUCCAAGAAGGUGAUGCAUACGAGAUGGACCUACUCAAGUUCGAAAAUGACCAGCACAAACUUGCCACAGAGAUUCAUCUGUUUCCGGGGCUGACUGCUGUGAAGUACUUAACCUCAAGGAGGAUUUGCGAUCUCAGCAAGGAACUGUAUUUUGUAGUGAAAAAUGAGUGUAGAAGUUCCUUCUCAAGGUUUGACUUUCCGGAGUAUUAUGACCUGACCAUCGAGACCAGUGACAAGUGCAGCAUCAAGGUUCACAAGUGUGUCCUGCUGUCGAAAGUGGAGUAUUUUCGAUGCAUGCUGUCUGGUUCUUGGCGAGAGAUGACUGCUAAAAAUUCUAUUCGGCUUCCCUUUACUAAACCCCUAGUUGAAGGUUUACUUGAUUACAUCUACACGGAGCGUAUUUUGAAGUCACCAGCUGAUGCUGAUGCUGCUGAUUUUUACAAAUGUUUACUUGUCAUUGCCAAUUUCAUGUUACUGCCAGGACUCAAACUUCUGUGUGAACAAAGUUUGAGUAGCAUUUUAACCUUACGAAAUGUUGUCACCCUCCUGCAAAUUAGCAUUCUCCACAGCGCCCCACAGCUGAAACAGUUCUGUUUUGCCUUUAUUUGUCAGAAUAUUGCUGAACUUUUGGAUCUCAGGUAUUUAGAAGCAUUGGAUAGUGAUAUUUUAAAAGAAUUGACAGAUGUUUAUCAAGAAAGGAACAGGCAUUUGUGCUGGCGGCAUAUUAGUCCAUUUAGAUGUGAUCGGCAAAUUUCUGAGAUCAUAGAAUUCAACAAGAUGUGUCCUCCCUUACCGUGGAAUGUGUUUGAAGAUGAUGAUGUUGUUGAGACAAUAUGCUCUCCAAAAUCAGGAGAAAAGCCGCGAAAAAAACCACUGCCACGGACAAGGAAAUCCAGCGGUUCAGAAUCGAGACAAAGGAAGUCUUCCAGAAGCGAUUCAUUUGGAUCCAAGCAGAAUGAUAUGGAGACGCUGUCAAGUAUUAUGAAGUCAAUACGUUUGACUGACCACUCAGUGGAGACAUUCCUUGGAACGCAAGCAACAGCUGAGGAAAAUGAAGCAAGUUGGAUAAAAAUUGAGAAAGUUCAGUCGCGGCUGAGGCUUAAUUCCAUGGCGAAAAAUGACCCAAAUCUGCUUGUUCGUGGCUGUGAGAUGACUGAGCUGGUGCCAGUUAGUAGAUCUGCCCCCAUCAACAUUCCGCCCCGAAGUGAAGAAGUCUGUGAUAUCCCAACCCCUUCGCUAGAAGACAAACAAGCAUUUCCAUCUCUAGGUUCCUGUUGGAGUGGUCAAGCAUCAGUUAAAUUAUUUAAUCAGCCUCGAAGCAGUGACUGGAAGAAAGGGAAGCCAAAGAAGACAGUCUUCUCUAUCGGGGAUACAUUCGUUGAAGAGAGGAAGGUUGAAACGCCACCUGAUCCUCAAUCAUUUCUAAGCGAAUCCCCAGCAUCUCCUAAAUCGCCUUGGGGCUGUAUUAACUCUCCAACUGAUACCUCCUUGGACAGUGUCAUGAAACAAGAGAAGCAAAGUAGCAGUUCUGGUUCGAAGGAGGUAGAAAUGAGUUUUUCUGAAAUAAUCGCAGAUGAACAAAAGAAGCGUGAUAAUUUAGAGAAGAUGAGGUCCAAGCCUCUCUCCAUGAUUCAGAUGGAGGAUCAAGCCAUUGAGGCUCUCUUACUUUUUUACAAUGCCAAAAAUUGCUUUGAUGAGCGCAUCACUGUGAGGAGAGUCCUUGAAACAAACAUCGCUGCACCAACAUGGAUUACCCAUCGAUGAGUGCUGUGAAGACCAAUGUUGAAAACGUUGUUAAUUUAUUCGUAUGAACUCAAUGCAAAUAAUGAUUUAUCUAAUUUAUGAAUUUUAAUUAAUUUUUUGUGCAAUUAAUGACUUCAGACCAAAAUUUUUCUCCUAGAAGUGACAAUUGUUACUAACUGCCCACUCGAUAGUGUAUAUUUUUAAAUAGGAUGGCAGACCCUUAAAUAAUGCGAGCCCUAUACUCUCACGAUUUUUUGGUGAGACUGUGCAAAUGCUGUUUUUUAAUGUUAUGUCUUCCUUGUAGGUAGUGUGAAAUUAUUUUUUACAUUUUAUCAAUUGACUUGAAUCAGAUGACUGGAUGAGCCAAUUUUUUAAUAAUUAUCAACAAUAAGCCUAACUAAAAUGUACUAUUGAACCUCCCCCAUGAGUAAAUCAAAGUGUACAUAGUAAGACAAACAACAUACGACGUUCAUCAUCCAAAUAUUAUUUUCCAUCAAAAAUUCUGCAUCAAACAUGUUUUUUUAAGGAAUGAAAUCAGAUGAGGAAAACUUGAUAUUUAUUCCAUGAAAGUUUUUUUGUUGGAAAAUGCAGUCUCACGAAUAAAUUAUCCAUUCUUUAGUUCAUAAUAUCGCAAAUGCCAAGAAGUAGGUCAAGCGGCUGGUUAGAUAGACCUAACUUUUCAUGAGUCAUUUGGCUCUUCCUGUUACACCACUGUCUUUUUAGUUAAGGCUUAUUCAGUCUUGCCUCUCCUAGAAUACUCUUAUUUUUCAUCAAAUGUGUGCCUUAUUUGAUUAGGUCACUGAGACUGUACAAGCUCUCUUCAUUUUCUAGUCAUGUUUUUCUCUCCAGAUUUCAUUUUCAUUUUUAAGAGAAUGAAAUUUUUGGGUUAGAGCAACAUGAACCAAAGUACUCUUAAAUUUUAUACUUUUGAUACUUUUAAAUGCAAGCACUGGAAAAGCUCUACUUUCUCUGUUCGGCAAUUUGGUUUUUGGUUUUGGAGGAAUUGGUGCAAAUUUCAUACCCCCAUUCCUGGCUGCAUGGUACUGUGUGUACACUGGAGAGUAACACCAGGCAGUGGAGUAAGAUGUACUCAGUUUCCACAGGGAUGGUUAGGAGGAGGAGGUAUUGCCAUGCACUCUUGAUGCAAAACUAACGGUCGGUUGAUUGAAAACCUAAUGUUUUUGCAAAUUUUGGCUAAAAAAAUCGAUAUCAUUUGGGCGGCUUUUAUUAAAAUUCGCUUAUACCUGAGGAUCUCGCGGGUCUGUAUGCUGUAAGCAAGUUUUAGUUUGUUAAUAUUAUUAUUUAUACUUUACUUCUCGAUCGUGGAUUCUUAUUUUUUCACCCAGUCCAUCACCUUAUUUUGUCUCCAACUUUGUUGUUUUAUUUUGAGUUUAUGUAUUGUUAUCUAAUUUUUUCUUUUUUUUAUCGUUCGUUGGUCAUUUUAAUUUUUGACAAUGCCAUAGAAUAGUGUAAAUCAUUGAAAAACUUAAAUAAAAACUAGCAGCUUCAUCAUUCA